CGGGAGUGAAGCGUGCCGACCGCCUUGGCAGCAGCUUGGGGAAUUUUGGAGGAAUUCGGAGUGUUGCAGUCUACGGCAGGCCUGGACCAGACCGAACUGGAAAACGCUGGAUCAUGAAUUGGGGACAGGUGAUCCUGGUAGGCCGUCAUCUGAGUUAAACUGUGGAACCGGAUUCCACAGGACUGAACUGGAUUGAACUGUUGCGGGCUGGAGGAGAGAGCGAGGAAGAGAAAGGGAGUCAUGUCGAGCGUGUGGCUGGAGGAAGAUGAGGAGGUGAAGAAGGUGGGGGGAGCACGAGCAGUACUGAGAGCCAAACCACGCUUCUCCUUCAACGAGAUCAAAGUGCUCCUGGAGGAGGUGAAGAGGAACCGAUACAUAAUCCUCAAAAAGUUUAACCAUGGCGUUUCUGCUGAAGCCAAGAAGCAGACGUGGGCGGACAUAACGGAGCAGAUCAACGACCUGGGAGAGAACCACAGAGAGGUGCGUCAGAUUAUGAAGAAGUGGGCGGACCUCAAGUGUGAUGGAAAGCGACGCAUGGCAGCUUUCAGGGGCCCCCAGGGAUCCAACCUAAGGAAGAAGAACCUGGGUCCCGUGGAGAGGAUGGUCCACAAGAUACUAUUGAUGACUCCUGGAGCAGAUUACGACCUGGACGAAGACAUCGGGACUCGACGCCGUAACGUUGUUCCUCCCUCACCCUUCUACCUCAACACAGACACCAACUCCCUCCCGUUACCCGGAGGAGCCUCCUUCGACCUCUCGCCCCUCUCCUCCCCAGAGAAAGAGCUCGGUGGAGAUCCGCUCCACUCCUCUCCUGAGUUUGAGUUUGAAAUGGCUGCAGAUGGAGAGCAAACCAUGGACUAUGACGAUGAAGACACCACGUUCUCCUCUCACCCCGGUACCUUCUGCCCCCCCUCCUCCUCCUCCAAUCCCCUGGAGUCGCUCCCUGACAACCCACUGCUGAGGAGCAAACCGUUCCACACCUACUCCCGCAACAACGCCUCCUCCUACAGCGCUUCCUCUUCCAGACCUCCCCCGCGAACAGCCUCCAUCUCCUCAGGUUUCCCUUCUUCCUCCAACUCAGAGCCUUCCUCCUCAUCCUCUCUGGCUCCUCCACAAUCCCCCACCAACUCCUCCUCCUCUGUCCUGGCCUCCUCGCUGUCUGCUCCCCGCCCCUCUUCACCCCUCAACUCCUACUCCUCCCCUUCUGUUCUUUGUGCUGCCAAUGGUACGACCACUGACCCCGCGGCUGCCUCUUCAUCCCUGCCGCCGCCUCCUUCCUACCCCAGCGCCACCGCUUCUUCCUCCACCGGUCCUCCUUCCUGCUCUGUCUCCUCCUCUUCGCUCCACCCUCCUCCUGUAACAUCCUACUCCCAACCUUCCUCCUCAUCUCUCCUCCCACCGAACCGUCUCUCCUCCUCCUUAGGUUCCAUCCCCUACUCUCUGCCCCCUGGCGCUUCCUCUGUCAGGGCCCAGGAACAUGUGGCCCAGCUGGCCUCCCAAAGCCUCCAGCAGCAGCAGGCCAGCAGGAGGCUUUUGGAAUCGGUGUCUCAGUCCCUGGACAGCCUGGCCCAGUCCGUCCAGCUGCUGGUGGAGAGCCAGCAGGAGUUUGUCCAGGAGUCCCUGAUGCUACAGAAGGAGACAGUGGACAUCUUGAAGGAUUUCUCCAUCACGGCUCUGGCUAUGCUCAGGGAGAAGCCCAACCACGGACACAACGCAGCACCACACCAACCUGGCCCCCAGCUCUGAGAGACGGGACACAUAUGAAGAGAGAGGAUGAGGAAAAGAAGGAGGAAGAUGUUUUUAUUUACAGAGAAGAGAUGGGCUACAUGUCAAGACAUCUCUUCAGCACAAAACCAAGCAUGAGGUGGAGGUUUGCUACCAGACUGGAAGUCCAGCUGGCCGCUCAAAUAGUCAGAGACACUGUUGGAUGUUUGGUUUCAAAGCCGCUGUGGCUGCUGGACACACAGGUAGUUAAUUUGUUUAUUAUGAUGUAUAUGGUGUUGUACAUGUUAAAUUUUACCAGUGCGCACACACACACACAUUGGGGAUGGAAAAUUUUGGUUAGACUCAAAAUCCUACUUCCCCAAUCCCUUAAAUUAACCCUAAGCUGAACCAAAAAACAAAAAAAACAAAAAAAAAUUAAACCUAACCCUUACUCCUCAGCCUAAUUCUAAUGCCUAACUUAAAUACUAGACUUCAGCUUAACCAUAUCCUCAAUUGUAACCCUCGCCAUGAACUAAAAACGCUAGCCUAGAAAUAACCCUUUUCCUAAUGGGGACAUUUUAGGAAGGUGGCUCGGACUUUUACUGUACUUAUGAGGAUAUUGGGUUCCCACAAGAAUAAAAGGCAUAAAAUGCACACACACACACGCACACGUCCAUGUUUGUCUCACACACGUCGGCAGAGUUCACUGGAAUUCUCUGAUUUCCUGAGUGAGCGAGAGAGAGAGAGACGGGAGGUUCUCAAGUGACCAGAAGAGAGAGAGACAGACAGACCAAGGCUGGACGGACGUUGUUAUUGGUGAACACAACGUAGAGAUGCUAAAAGCCACCAACCAAAUGCUUGUCAGUUUUACUUAAAGCUGAAUUUAUCCAGGGAGGAUGGGCCGAAAACCAGACUUUCCUUCUGCACCAAUGCCGCUUCACAUCUAUUCAUUUACACACGUCUGCAUCCUGGAGCUGCUCAGUUCAACUGCAGUAUUCUAACGCCGGAUAUUUAAGUUGUUUGGGGUAAAGUGCCUUGCUGAGGGGCACUUUUAACAGCAGUCAUUAAGGGAGGAUCAAGUUUUCCUCGUUCAUUCACCUCCCCCGUCUAGACUUCCAGUAGGUGUCGGGCUGCUGGUUUGUGAAUUGUGGAGUACAUUCAUUCAUUCAUUCAUCUUCAGCCGCUUCUCCGGGGUCAGGUACAGCGGCAGCAAGCCAAGCAGGGCACUCCAGACGUCCCUCUCUCCAGCAAUGCCCCCCAGCUCCUCCCGGGGGAUCCCAAGGCGCUCCCAGGCCAGACCAGACAUGUAGUCCCUCCAGCAAGUUCUGGGUCUACCUCGGGGUCUCCGCCCAGUUGGCUGCGCCUGGUAAACCUCCAAAGGAAGGUGCACAGGAGGCAUCCUAAUCAGAUGCCCGAACCACUUCAACUGGCUCCUUUCGAUGGGAAGGAGCAGUGGCUCUACUCCGAGCUCCCUCCGGAUGUCCGAGCUCCUCACCCUAUCUCUAAGGCUGAGCCCAUACACCCUACGGCGGAAACUCAUUUCAGCUGCUUGUAUCCACGAUCUCACCCUUUUGGUCACUACCCAAAGCUCAUGACCAUGGGUGAGGGUUGGAACGAAGAUUGACUGGUAAAUUUAGAGCUUUGCCUUCUGGCUCAGCUCCCUCUUCACCACAACGGUCCAGUACAACGUCCGCAUUACUGCUGAUGCUGCACCAAUCCACCUGUCAAUCUCCCGCUCCAUCCUACCCUCAGUCAUGAACAAGAACCCGAGAUACUUGAACUCCUUCACUUGAGGCAACAACUCCUCCCCAACUCGGAGGGAGCAAUCCACCAUUUUCCGGUAGAGAACCAUGGCCUCAGACUUUGAGGUGCUGACUCUCAUCCCGGCCAUUUCACGCUCAGCUGCAAAAAUCUUGCUUCUGGAGUACAUUGACUGCUUAUCAGGUUAGAGAGCCCUCAUAGGCUGAUGAUAAAUGCUGUACUUGGCGGGCAAAUUCAGAGCCUCAAGCACUAAACCAGGACGUUUAUUUUAGUCUGCGGCCCGGACGAAGUGGCCAAACCCACGGUUUGGAAAACGCUUUUAAAAAUGUGGAUAAAUGAAUGAAUGUCAAUGAAAGAGGAAAUGAAAGACCGAUCCUGUUUGGUGGUCAGAAAGAGACUACCUUUACUUUUAGAAAGAUUAGCUUCAUUUAAAAAACUCAUAAAGAUUGAUUUUUACUGUCAUGUCAUGUGUAGUUUGAGAGAUAAGAGCGUGUUGUUUCUUUUUGUUUUUGUUGGGGUUUUUUGCGAUCUACUUUUCUUACUGAUAAGGGCUGAUGGGGGAUCAUGAGGACAUCGAAUAUGAAAAGAUUGGCCCCAGGGCUCCGUUCACUUCACUUUCUGUUCAGCCAUUAACAAAGUUUACUUUACACAAAGUUACGCGCUGAACAACCCUGUAGUGAAUGUUUAGCAAUGAUCGCUUGUGUUGACCUUUUUAAACUGUACGACUAAAUGGCUUGAAAGUAUUGUGAUGAAAAUACCACAAGGUAAACAUUUCUUUAUUCCAAAUUCCUGUCUUACUGAGCCCGGAAGUGCUUCUGUGUGGCGCUGAACGGCUCAAGACGAAGGGUUUUAGAGAGUCAGGGAAGAUGAUAGUGAUUUUUAAGGUGGAUUGAGACUUGGUGCAGACUUUAACAGAGGGCGAAUGGAGUUUGUUAAUCGGCUAACCAACCUAAUCAUGUUCCAGUUGGUCUGAAUGACCCAGAAACAAUUUCCUUGUCCAGUGCGAGGGUCUACGGACAGGGUCUUAUGUUGCUGUAAAGCCCACUGAGGCACAUUUGUGAUUUGUGGUAAUGGGCUAUACAAAUAGAAUUGACUUGACUUAUUGGCGGGACUGCCACAGCGGGGCCAGCCCCACACAUGUCGUCCCUGACUGAGUGAUGGAGCGUCCCCAUUGGUCGGCCGGCCGAGUUGGAGCUUCCUUAUUGGCCGUUGCCCUUUCAAACAAGAUCGGCAUGAAGGUUUCUAUGACGUCAUCAGCUGUUCACAGAACCAACGUCAAAACAGCCGCUUUCUAAACUUAGUGGCGGUCCAGCCAUAUGCUAGGUUUGAACCUAGUCUUGUUUUGUUUUUAGUCAUUUUCUUUUUAGAAAGGCACCAAUCAGAUUUUCAGAAAAGAUCAACAUGCUUGAGGAAGAAAAAAAGCUAGCUAGAAGUGUUUUUGAAAAAAAAAUAGAUGGGGGAAAUUAAUUUGUAAAUGUUUGUCUGGGAACUUUAACAACCACUGCAGCAGGUAACCAUUCAUUGCACCUUCCAAAUGAAUAGUGAGGUUUUACAGGUCAGUUGGGUUCAGUUUCCUGUCUUGGAAAUAACGGACAAUAUAUUUUACUUAAAUCCUGUAGGUUUUGUUCCACCACAGAGCCCCGCUCCAUAUCCCAACACUCUUCCUUUUUGUACUAUUCCUAAAGAGGUUGUAAAGGUGCUUUCACAUUGCUUUUAAACCCGAGCUAAGAAAUUUGUUGACACUACCAUAUUGCAAAAUGGACUUUUGGGGUUUAGUCCCAGAAAAUCGGUAAAAUCAAACAGGAUGUCAGGAGUUUUUGAUUAUUUUUUUAACAUGUAUAUAUAUAUAUAUACUUUAAUGAUCCCCAUAGGGAAAUUACGCACUGCAUUCAACCCACCCUAGCUGUGAAGCUACUAGCUACAGCUACACAGCCCACUGUGGGCAUCCGCUGUGCAGCCCCCGGGGACCAACUCCAGUUGGUCUUGCCAUGCCUCGGUCAAGGGCACAGACAGGAGUAUUAACCUUGACAUGCAUGUCUUUUUGAUGGUGGGGGAAAACCCACCGCAGACAAGGGGUGAGCAUGCAAACUCCACCCACCUGGGAUGAACCCCAAGGUUGGACAACCCCGGGCUUCGAACCCAAGAUUUUCUUGCCGUGAGGCGACACCGCUAACCGUGCUCCUGUUGGCUGAUUUUGUUGCCGACUGUUCUCUCACCUCAGUCACCUCGGCAUGAAACCAACAACGGCUAAUGAUAAUUGGCGUAACAAUAAUUUGAGUUGUGGCAAAUUUGAAAUGUCUGACAAACGAAUAAGCUGGUGCGAGGCUUAAACACAGGCGUUAAAUUAAAUGUGAGUAGGGGCGCCCCGGUGGCUCACCUGGUAGAGUAGGCACCACAUAAGCCUGAGUCCUUACAGCGGAGGCCUGGGUUCGAAUCCAGCCCGGCCUCUUUGCUACACGUCAUCCCCUCACUCUCCCCUGCCUUUCCUGUCUCUCUCACCUGUCGCUAUCAAAUGAAGGAAGAAAUGGCAAAUGAAAUUAUAUAUAUAUAUAUAUAUAUAUAUAUAUAUAUAUAUAUAUAUAUGAGUCAACAGACAUCCAAUCCAUUCUAUGAGACAGCAUCUUAAUAGAAAAAAAAUGUUGGCUGAACCGUCAGCAAAUAUAACUUUGUUGAGACCAUCCCUGAACUCAAUUAAAGGCCAAAUAUAAAAAAAUAAUAUAAGUUCAAUACAGGAACCUGUUGUUCCUGUUAUUCAGCCUCCAAUCGAGGAGGUUUUACACCCAGAACAACCCGUGCAUGUGUUGGAACUACCCGGUUGAAUCGAAAACCAGCAGUACUGGUGGUACCUGAGGACCUGAUUGAGAACACUACUUGAGGAGCUUCACAUGACCUCACUGCAUUAUGUGGACUGUCACGUUACCGGUGGUCAAAUUUAAGUCCAGUGUUUUAAGACAAAAAAAUAUGAGCCUGAGAACUAAAUUUGGGGCUAUCAAGCUGAGGUGUCACCACAGAUUAAGCUAGUCCUGCUAACUAGCCCGAGGCCAAACCCUGCAGUGUGGAAGCACCUUCAGAAGGUUUUCAAUUUCAUUUACGCUAUGCAAAUGAGAAGGUGCCUGUGGUCUUCAGACCUGGAAAACCCAAUAUUUGAGACAUUACUUUAAGAAGAAAAUGACAUAAACAAUAGUACACUUGAGGCUUCCUGGUGGAGAUGUUAUCAAAGGUGCUUACACUGGACAUGACAUGCCGUGAGUUUGAGAAUGGAAGUAACGAGCUUUUCUGUCUGUUAUCCUUCCUCUUCUACCAAAUGUAUCUAACCAGUUUCAGUUCCAUUUGUGAAUAAAGAAUAUAUUGCCCCCA